AUGGCGGAAUGGGCUUGGGUUAUUUACACUAUCUUAGAGGUGUUGGUUGCCGUGGCAUGUCGCCUAGGUAAUGUGUUAGUAGUGUGUGCUGUGUGUGUCUGUGUCCGCAGCUCUCUCAAAGAGCCAACAUUUUGCUUCCUGGUGUCACUGGUGGUGGCUGACUUCCUGGUGGGCAUGGCUGCUGUGCCUCUUGCCGUGCUAUUGGAUGGUUGGGUGUGUUUGACCCCUGAACUAUGCCUACUUCUCAGUUGUGUGGUGCUGGUGCUAACUCAGUCCUCUGUCCUGUCACUGCUGGCUAUUGCUGUGGGCCGCUACCUGCGUGUGCAUACACCUCUCAGAUACAAGGACUUGGCCACUCAGAGGAGUUUGUCGAUCGCCGUAAUCCUCUGCUGGGUCAUAUCAUGCCUGCUAGGUUUCGCUCCUCUGUUUGUCUGGAACAACUACAGCAACCUGGCAACCCUCACCAACACAACCACCACCGCCUCUUCCCCUGACGCCUCCUCCCCCCUCCCACACUGCACCUUUCUAUCUGUUGUCUCACUCCCAUUCAUGGUUUACUUCAACUUCCUGGGUUGUGUUCUGGUUCCCCUGCUGGUCAUGACCUUGCUCUACGCCCGUCUCUUCUGGUGCCUCCAGGGCCAUCUGCGAGACAGUCUGCCCCAGGCUCGGGCCUCCUUGCUUAGGGAGAGGAGGCUGGCUAGAUCCUUGGCACUGGUGCUGGUCCUCUUUGCUGGCUGCUGGAUGCCACUGCACAUAAUGAACUGUGCCCUUCUGAUACGGGGUCCUGAGGCUGUCACAAAGCAGGCAUUGUAUGCAGGUAUCCUGUUGUCCCAUGCUAACUCGGCAGUCAAUCCGGUGGUCUAUGCCUAUUGCAUCCCCAAGAUCCAGCAGGCCUACCGCCAAAUAUGGAGAUGGUGCGUGCAGGGGGCGGGCUGUUGCUAUAGGGAAGAGAGUGGUAAUAUCUCAUUGACAGGGAGUGGAGCCAAUCGCAACGCAGUGUAUGUUUCAGGAGCAAGAACCACACCCUGAAAAUCCAAAUGGGGAGUAUAUGUUUGGAUCUUAUCCUUUUGGGACUUUUUGGGAUAUUUAGCUUUCAAGCCAAGCCAAUUUAAUUAAUGAUUGUAGAUUUUUAUUGUCAGUCAUAAUUUGGGGGGGAAUUUCUGAAUAUGUUUGAGCUGUUCCACUUAUCUUGACCUCUCCAUUACUUUUCUUUUGUCACAAAUCCUGCCUGUCACUUCUCUAUCAAAGUUUUUUUCUCCAUGGCUCCACUAGAGGGUGGUAACUACUAAGAGACAACAUUUUGUUGGUCAUCUCUUUCAAUUAACAUCGUGCCACAAUGUGAUCAGUGGUUC